CCCCCGCGGGCACAGCAGCUGAGCCUGGAACGAGCGUAGCCUCCAGCCCGCCGUGCGUCCCCGCCGCCCGCAGCCUCGUCCCCGCCGCUGCCGCCGCCCCCGGGGCAUGGCCUGUCUGAUGGCCGCUUUCUCGAUUGGCACCGCCAUGAACGGCAGCAGUUACUCUGCAGCGAUGACAGAGCCCAAGUCGGUGUGCGUCUCGGUGGACGAGGUGGUCUCCGGCAACAGGGAGGUCACGGAGACGGAGCUGCUGAACGGACAUCUGAAGAAAGAGGACAACAAUCUCACGGAGGCCCAGCGCCUCUCCUCCCUGCCACGGAGGGCGGCCGUGAACAUCGAAUUCAAGGACCUUUCCUACUCAGUCCCAGAAGGUCCCUGGUGGAGGAAGAAAGGAUACAAGACCCUUCUGAAAGGGAUUUCUGGGAAAUUCAACAGUGGAGAGCUGGUGGCUAUCAUGGGUCCUUCUGGGGCCGGGAAGUCUACACUCAUGAACAUCCUCGCUGGAUACAGGGAGACCGGCAUGAAGGGUGAGGUCCUCAUCAACGGCCUCCCACGGGACCUGCGCUGCUUCCGGAAGGUGUCCUGUUACAUCAUGCAGGACGACAUGCUGCUGCCGCACCUGACUGUGCAGGAGGCCAUGAUGGUAUCUGCGCAUCUGAAACUCCAGGAGAAAGACGAAGGCAGGAGGGAGAUGGUCAAGGAGAUCCUGAUGGCCCUGGGCCUGCUGUCUUGCACCAACACGCGGACCGGCAGCCUCUCGGGAGGCCAGCGGAAGCGCCUGGCCAUUGCGCUGGAGCUGGUGAACAACCCCCCGGUCAUGUUCUUCGAUGAGCCCACCAGCGGCCUGGACAGCGCCUCCUGCUUCCAGGUGGUCUCCCUGAUGAAGGGGCUGGCUCAGGGGGGGCGCUCCAUUAUCUGCACCAUCCACCAGCCCAGCGCCAAGCUCUUCGAGCUGUUCGACCAGCUCUAUGUCCUCAGUCAAGGGCAGUGUGUGUACCGGGGGAAAGUCUCAAAUCUCGUACCGUAUUUGAGGGAUUUAGGUCUAAACUGCCCAACCUACCACAACCCGGCCGAUUUUGUCAUGGAAGUCGCGUCUGGUGAAUACGGAGAUCAGAACGGCCGCCUGGUGAGAGCCGUCCGGGAGGGCAUGUGCGACUCUGACUACAGGAGAGAGCCCGGGGGCGAUGGCGAGGUGAACCCUUUUCUUUGGCACCGGCCCUCUGAAGAGGUAAAGCAGGCAAAACGAUUGAAGGGGUUGAGAAAGGACUCCACUUCCAUGGAAGGCUGUCACAGCUUCUCUGCCAGCUGCCUCACCCAGUUCUGCAUCCUCUUCAAAAGGACUUUCCUCAGCAUCAUGAGGGACUCGGUCCUGACGCACCUGCGGAUCACCUCCCACAUUGGCAUCGGCCUCCUCAUCGGCCUGCUCUACUUGGGCAUCGGGAACGAAGCCAAGAAGGUGCUGAGCAACUCCGGCUUCCUCUUCUUCUCCAUGCUCUUCCUCAUGUUCGCGGCCCUCAUGCCCACCGUCCUCACCUUUCCCCUGGAGAUGGGCGUGUUUCUCCGAGAACACCUGAAUUACUGGUACAGCCUGAAGGCCUACUACCUGGCCAAGACCAUGGCCGACGUGCCCUUUCAGAUCAUGUUCCCCGUGGCCUACUGCAGCAUCGUGUACUGGAUGACGUCCCAGCCGUCCGACGCCGUGCGCUUCGUCCUCUUCGCAGCGCUGGGCACCAUGACCUCGCUGGUGGCGCAGUCCCUGGGCCUGCUGAUCGGAGCCGCGUCCACGUCCCUGCAGGUGGCGACCUUCGUGGGCCCCGUCACGGCCAUUCCUGUCCUCCUCUUCUCAGGAUUCUUCGUCAGCUUCGACACAAUCCCCACCUACCUGCAGUGGAUGUCCUACAUUUCCUAUGUCAGGUAUGGGUUUGAGGGGGUCAUCCUCUCCAUCUACGGCCUCGACCGGGAGGACCUGCACUGUGACAUCGACGACACGUGCCACUUCCAGAAGUCGGAGGCCAUUCUCCGAGAGCUGGAUGUGGAGAACGCCAAGCUCUACCUGGACUUCAUCGUGCUGGGGAUUUUCUUCAUCUCCCUGCGUCUCAUCGCCUACUUUGUGCUGAGAUACAAAAUCCGGGCAGAGAGGUAAAGCACAGGGAAGCCAGAGAGAGGAAAAUUGGACACCGUGGCCAAGGGCCACUUGCAGAACCUGCAGCAAGCCCGGGCCUGAGGACACAGACACUCCUGUGACCCAACCCCUGGGGACCACGUUUGGUGGUCAGGCGUCCAGUGCUGGACGUCGCUGCCCCGUUGGGUUGGGUCUUCUCUCCAUUACCCUUUCUAGCUGUAACUAGGAAGAAGAUGUAGAAAGGUUGUUUUUUUCACAUGCAGAAUUUUAAAAUACUACCCCGAGGCAGAAUGUAAAACUGCAACAAAGCUGGUGACGAGAAGCUUCCUCAGAAAAAUCCUUCCUUCUGCCAGGGAGCCCUGGUCCUGGAUGGAGGAUUCGGGCAGCUUCCCGGGGACCCCUGUGCAGUCAGACGUCCAGGGGCAGAAAGCCAAAGCCAGGAAGGAUUCCAUUCUGUGACUGGUGUUUUCGUCAUUUCGCCUUUCUACGGUUUGCCUCUUUUUCCAACGAGAAGUCAUUUUCCAAGCCAAAAGUCGAUAAAUUUCAUUCAUUUCCAGAAAGUGUACCUUUUCAGUACUUGCUGAAGAAGAUGAUCCAGGGUAAAUAUACUUUGUUUAGAGAUGUGAGGGGUUUGACUUGAUCACUGAGCUGCUCCACCUACAGACAGAACUUGGGAAAGAUGUGCAGAUGCCGUCUCCAGGCAGAAGGAAGACAUUGGAACUGCAUGCACUAAGCCGUGCCGAAAUCUUUUAAAGUUACACAGCAAGUUGUAAGGUGAAAUUGGCCAUCUCUUUCAAGUCUUUUAUUUUCCCCAUGCUUUGGGGAAAAUACAUUGUUUUUUUUCUUCCUAAAUUUCCCAGCACCUUAAUUUUGCCUAAAGAAAUUCUGGAAGAUCAUUCCUGUUGAUUUUUUACAAAUGUUUUCUCUUCCCUCACAUAUCACAUCAACUACCUCCCCCAAACCUGGGGAAGCUGGGCUUAGGGAAAUUCCGGGUGUGAAUGUUCGGGGAUAUGCAGGAGUAGCCCGUGAAAGAUGCGCUGACUGCACAGGAGGGAAGAUGCUGAGAUUUCCUGAGAACCCAAGCCCUUUGCAAGAAGCUGGCGAAGACUUAGUGUGGCCAAGGCGUCUGGACCUCCAUCAGACCAGCACUGAGGGCCAUGGGAGGAUUCCGUCUCCCACGUACGGUUUCCAUGGUAUCCCAGCGGCCCAUCAGUCUCGGGCUAGUGUAGUCUUUCCAGACCAAAAACUCCUUUCCACUGACGUGAUCACAUAACUAAAAUCCCUCUAGGGCAGGAGCAAUGGGCACAUCUGCAGGGCAAACGGUCUUUGAAUUCGUGGCGGGAUGUCCGUGUGCUUGUCGGAGGCAGCGUGACCACAGGGUGGAAGGGGAUUCUGGCCCAAGAAGGUCCUCUGAAGGAAAACGGAAUUGCUUUCCCCUUCUAGAAUGCCGUGAACCUGGAAUCAGGGUCUCCUAAUGAAAGACUGUAUUUUUUGGUGGACAAAUUCAUUCUCCUCCCGAGCCUCAGUUUCCCCACCUGUAAGCAGCCGCACAAGGUCGCCUGCAACACCAUGCUUAGCUCUGAAAGGUUCUGAGGUUCCUAGCUUGUGUUCGAGAACUUUCAUUUCCUAUUUAAGAGGAUGAGAAAUGUCCAAAUUUCACUCACACGCGGAUUUGAUUUGCAAAUGCCUAGAAGCCUCUUUUUCACCCUUAGAUCCCUUUUGGUAGACACAAUUGAGGCAUUUAAAUGUAAUUUGACAUUUGCUUCUUUUACACCAACGUGGCAUUGCCUUCCAGCUCACAUUACUUAACCAGGGUCAAACUUAGCCUUCAUAAAAAGUCUUCAUUCAGUUUCAAGAUAGACGUGCCUGUGAGAAUGUCACAUGUAGGAAGACACACAUGGGAACAGUCUGGUGAAAUAGAGUUGGGGAGAGGAAACAUCCUGGACCUUGCCUCAGAAUUACAUUGGCUGAGGCCAGUGUUGAAAGACAUUCCCUCCGGGUGAAUCCUUCCAGUCGUGGGUCUGUGAGCCCAAGAAGGACAUGCACGUGGAUAUUUUUUGAAGGAUGCUACCCGGAGUGCCACGAGCAGGCUGAGGUCACUACCUCAGGGUAAUCUGCUUAGGAGGACUCGAGGCUGUGUCCAGUGAGGAUGUCGACCUAGGGUGCUGCCUUCAUCAUUCUUCAAGGGUCAGCGAUGCCCCUUGCCCCUUGCUCCAGCUUUCUCAUCCUGCACCCUUGGCAGCAUAGACCCAGACGCUGCAGUUUGGAUCUCCAGAUACUUCCCUUCUGCUUUUCAUCAUAGGGAAAUUUGAUAAAACACCUUAUUGCAAUGGCCCAAGAUAAUAUCCAAGUAACUUGGUGAUUUUAUUUUCCUGAGUAGGUAUGGUGAAGAGGUGGGGGGUGAUGUGCUGUCUUUCACACACUGGAAUUUAAGCCAGGUCAGCUUCCCAAACCUAAUUCUUUUAAGUGGUUUCUGAAUGUAGCGACUCAGAUCUUCCCUUCGUCUCUGACUGCGCUUCUUCAUUUAGAAGGAAGGAGGAAACGUUGGAUGAAACGAGGUGCAGCCUUUCCAGUUGUUAGUGGAGGUGAAGAUGGAAACCCAAAGAAUAUCACUGUUACAGGGAACCUGGGAGAGAAGGGGGCUCUGCUGGGUUCUAGCACCCCACCUGCUCCGCGGGGGUGUCAGGGCCUGCUCUGCUGAGCAAGCUGUCUCAGGGCUGUUCCCUCCGUCCACAUUCACAGCAUUUCAUGCCUCCCUUUCUUCCAAUCUUGCUGGGUGUCUGCUCGAGAAUUAAAUGCUGCAGAAGCUCCUGUGAGGGUGACGUGGGAAGGAAAGAAACCAGGUAAACAUUUUAUGUAGAAGAUGCUGGAAUCUGAUUAAGUCACCUUGAGGGAGGGGCCUUCAGGACCAAGAAAUAGGACUUCAGCUUUUAGGUAAAAACUCAUCCUGGAGACCCACAUGAAGGUCAUUUUCCCACCAGAGAAAGGCACUGCCAGGCAGCCGGGGCAGGCUGAAUCCAUGGGGUAGAAAGCCCUCCAGGGGGUUCACUGAGGAGAGAACACCUUGGGCCCCAGUGCACUGAGCAUCCUCCCUUGCUGGGUGGCCCGGGAGCUGGCUGGAUGCCUUAUCAACGGCUCUGCUCAGUUACUCACUCAGCAGGCGUGUGUUGACCCACCGCCGUGUGCUUGGUGCGGCCCAGACACGGGGGCUUGGAGCUCAGACCAGGCCUGCGCUCCAGGGCUGAUGGGCCGGCGGGGAUGCCAUUCUGCAGACACAGCUCUCCGAGACCGCAGAGGGUCCGUGAGGCCGGGCCCCAGGGCUGGGAGAGAGCUCAGGUCUGACCCCAAAUUCUCUACCUUCUUGCUUUGCCUUAUUGCCUCCUGUUCGUGGUGUGCAAAUGUACAUGAAAAUGCUUUGCAAGGUAUGACGUGCAAUACUAGGUUAGCUCUGGACUAGCUGUCACCAAACGGAUGGCUGAGACGGGGGGAGCCCGAGCCCCUUUGCUCAGUUGCCUGGCCUAGGGGUGCCCCAGGCUGGCCUGGGGGCCCAGCUUCUUAUCCCUGUCUCAGCGGAGAGGUGCCUUCCUCCGCCCUUGCCUGGCCUUAGCCUCUUCAUGCUGGCUGGGGCCCAAGGGGGGCCAGUGUGAGGACACACGCGAGGGCGCGUGCCCGCUCCCUCGGGGUGUGUAGCUCAUAAUGUUCUCUCGCCGUCUCUAAAUCCACAACCGUCCUUCACCCCAAGAAAGGCAGAGAAAAUUCCCUCACUUCAUGCCUGCCGAGCAGCUGGUGACGUGUAGUCAGAACCCACCCAGUCCUUUGGCAAACGCCAGCUCAGUUAGGAUGUGACAAAAACCAAAACCAGACAACCCAGCGGGGCGGAAGGAGGGGCAGCACGUGUGGCCAUGAAGUUAGAUGCUCCGAAGGCAUAAGAUGCUAAUAAAAUAUUUUAUAGAGAACUUG